AUAUAAUCUGACCAAGAAGAGGAAGAAGAACAACAACUACCAGCAAUUGGAGACAAGACUCAGGAAGAACCAUGAUGAACUCGAUAUUUACUUUUAUUAUCAUUGGAACUCUAUUUCAAAAAGUUGAUUCGGAACGAAACGAUUGCUAUAUUGUGGGCGAAGAGAAAAACAUAUACACCGGAAGCAAAUCCACCACCAUCACUGGAAGGACUUGUCAGAGUUGGUCGUCCACUGUCCCUCACUCCCACAAUUACUUGAACAAUCCGGAAGCGGAGGGCAACUAUUGUCGAAUACUCACUGAUAGUAAACCCUGGUGUUUUACAGUAGACAAGAGUGUUCGAUGGGAAUACUGUGGAAUUCCGGAAUGUUCUAAACCGAAAAUUAUUCAACCCAAAUUCAUCAAACCCCCAGAUGUCGAUUGCUACGAGAAAGGUUCCUUGUACAAGGGCAAUGUUUCUGUUACAUUCACUGGACUCACCUGUCAAAGGUGGGACAAGCAGACUCCACAAAAACACAAACACUCAGGUAACCCGGAUGCAGACGAAAACUACUGUCGAAUAAUCAAUGAUAAGCGGCCUUGGUGCUACACGACUGACAAGGACGUCAGAUGGGAGUAUUGUAUGGUGCCCGAUUGUGAGUCUGUUAGAAUACUUGAAGAAUUGAGGUCUGAUUUAAAACCACCAAGCUCACGUACAAGAGAUGAUAUGACAAGUCAAAAUAUUCCGAUGACACAACUACCAGAGAACCUUGGAGCAAUAACUUUACCCACUGAAGAAACAACGGAGGCCCCCACAAACACUGAGGCAUCCACAGAGAAGCCUAGUGUUACCAGACCACCGAAUGGAAAUAGUCCAAAAGGAGCUUCAACUAUCAAAGACAAAAUAACAACUUCCGGUCCAGGAACUAUGUACGUAACAGACGCUGAAGUCAAAACAUAUCCAGCUACUGCAGCUUCAAGAAAACUGACCAAAUCUCUGUUGAUAUCAAUCGCAGACCCUGUUCAAACAGAGAAUACUGAUUUAAACCCCAAAGUAUCUAUAAAAAGAGACCGUUACGUUAGCGACAUCAACAAAAAGAUCAGCAUAAACUGUGUCGUGGAGCCAAACAACCAGGAUCUGGCAAUUCACUGGUACAAGGACGGUUCAAUGAUGGUGAAUAGAGGGUUAAACAUUCGAACAGGGUCUAUUCUGAUUCUAAAGAACGUUCAAAAAGAAGACACGGGUCUAUAUACUUGUGAGGCGGGAAAUAGCAGGGCCUUCUCUACUGUUCUUGUCGGGGGAGCAACACUCGAUAUAACAACGCCUUCUUCUGAGCGAUUAGCAGAAAAAACAGAAACAACCACUGAAAGUUAUCUUACGUCAACGGAAGAUUCCACUACAACAGCCGAAGAAACAGAGACCUAUCCUACAACCAUCAUAGAUGACGUUAGUACUACAAUUUCUGUAAUACCUUUACAACCAAAUGUUGAUGUGGAUUCAGAACCCUUCAACCUAUCUUCGCCGUCAACGACAGAUUUACCUGCACCAUCAACUACACAGUUACCACCCCAAUCAACCACUGAAUUCAAACCAUCAUCAACGACACAAAUACCUAUUUCAUCAACGACAGAAUUCAAACCAAUAUCAACGACGCAAUUACCUAUUUCAUCAGAGACAGAUUUCAGACAAUCAACAUCGACGGAAUUCUCCCAACAAUCAACUACGAAGUCUGAUAUUCCGAUCGAUGAAGCUGUAGCUAUUGAGAAAGAAAUCCAAACAACCCCCGAAACGUUUCCCGUCUCUACCACAAAGAGUACGGAUGAUGAUUUAAGAAUUGAAGUAAUAACUGAAAGAGUUCAAGAAAAGAUUUUAACAACAACCAUCCAACCGGAUAUUUCUACGCAAAGACCAACGAGAGCUCCAAGAAUAUUCACAACUCCACUUGCUAGAAAAAAAUAUAUACCACCACCAAUUCCAACAGAGAAACAAUGGAUUUCAGCAAAUGCAAACAGGGAAGCCACAAAAAAUCUUACAAAUGUGGUUUCAUACACUGUUGUACCGUCUUCAAGUAUUGACAAGAAAAACAUUUCCAACCAAAGGAAACCCGUUCACCAGGUUGUGACCGUACCUGUCCUAAUCACAACCCCAAGGGUGAUAACUAAUCAAGUAUCACGUAAAAAUGCUCAGCGUUACAUAUACGUGAAACAUUCCGGUAAAGGUGCUGAGUUAUACCAAAACGAGGAUGAUAUGAAAAUGCAGAACAGAUAUCGGUAUUUUCCAGAAUCAGAUGCAUCAUAUAUAAAUGAAGUAUCACGGCAAUAUUCGGGAACGAUGGAUAACAAUGGUUGUAAGUCCAAAUGUGACGGUGAAAGCAACUGCUAUCUUGAGUACAAUUGUACUCACUACCAACACUGCUUUGAACGGGAUAGGGGAGACUGCACAUGCGUGUUGAUGACAUGUUCGUUUGGUACAUACUGGAAUCAAGCCAUCCAUGUCUGUGACUCUAUCUCUAAUGUCGAAUGUGAACAAGAUCCCUGUAGAUCCAUGGACAAGUAUUCUACCUAUGCUAGUGGAUUUAACUGUAGAAGCUACUAUCAGUGUAAUAGCAGAGGCCGUUCCAUGGCAAUGUGCUGUAAAAAUAAUGAGUCAUUCAAUCCUGAUUUGGGAAAAUGUGUCAGGGAUUAUACCUGUAAGAUUGAUUGCACAGCCCGCCAAUUUCACCAGGCAGGAAACAGACCGUCUUAUUCUAGCUUUAGAGAAACUCAAAGAGAAGUACAGCGAGACCUUAAAGUCAACGUAAAAGUCACAGAAACGUAUGAAUUGUGCUAUUUGCGACCAGUCAAGAAUCGCCCAACAAAAUACUUCAACAAUGUCUUCAAAAUAGAACAGGAUUGUCCCCCUGGGACUGUUUUUAAAGCUGAUAUCUGUGUUUGUGGGAUAUCGUUAAAAAUUUCGCGUGAAAUCCCAAUACCAUUGUUUUCGCAAGUAUGCGAAGAGAAUAUCAAAAUAGAUUUUUCUGGAGAUCGAGUUAUAAACACCGCUUCACGACCAGACUACAUACAAGCGAACGAUGUUAGUGUUGUUUCCAGCUAUGGUCUGUUCAACGGAAAAACGUCUCAAAUAUUUUCUGAGCGGUUCUAUGCAGUAACAUUCCGUCGUCUUGAGAUUGAGUUACUCUUUUACUCAGAUGACACUGGCGGACCAGAACAUCAGAUUCUGGUCUCCAAUUGCGAUUCUAUGGCCAGACCCUUAGGCAUUCCUGAACUAGGUCCGAAUAAGAAGCCAUCUUUAGCCAUCAUUCUGUCUAGAAGUACUGGAACUUUAACCUUUUUAGGAUAUAGUGAAUACUCGAGACCUGCUAUAAUACGUUUACCGUACUCGAAAAAUAGUUGGAAUAAUGCAAAAUUGAGGUAUGAUGGAUCAACGUUCGAGGCAAGGGUAAAGAACGUAGACCAAUACGGCAAAAUGAUUGAGGUUAAAGAUACAAAGCCAUUAACAGGCAGAUUAGCAGUUUCUGUACAACCCUUAAGAAUAGGACGAUGCUCUCAAUUUGACGCCUUUUAUGGAUACCUUGACUUUAUAAAAAUGUAUAACAACUGUGUACCGAAGAAAACCUGAAUUCCAGAGAUCCCUACUCUAUAAUCAUUUUCGUUUUUAUAUUAUUCAUCAUCAGUUAUUUAUUGGACACUAUGCGCAUCCAUUUUUGUUUUAUGAAUGUCUGUUGUUUUUUUUUAUAUUAUUAAA